UCAUAUAUAGACGCAACCAAUUUCUAUCCAUCAAAAGAGAGUUUCUGCUACCGAUGUCUAAGCAGAAAGCUUUCGCCGCAGGGAUACCUGAUGACGGUGAUGCUACCAGAAGCAGCCGCAAAAGAGGUAUUACUACCUUAGCUCUCUCUCUCGUUAAAAAGUCCAAGAGAUAUAUAAUAAAUUCACCACCACCACCAUCGACAACCACGAUUUGUGAUCUAUCUGACUUUAUAGUUGUCGAAAUACUUUGUCGACUUCCUUACAAUAUUAAGGUCGUAUUUCAAUGCAAGUGUGUAUCCAAGAGAUGGUUUGCUCUCAUCUCUGAUAGUUAUUUUGUUAGCCGUUUUUUAUGUCAACAUGAUUGCCAAACGAAGCCUCUUGUGACUUCUCAUGUUAUAAGCCCCUAUACGGAUUACCUCGUCUUCCAAACUUCCAAGCAUUUUGUCAAUGAAUUUCCUCCUACCUUUUCGAGCUGAUAAGCAACCACAAUUACUAUAUAAUGAACCAAUUGUGGAAGCAACUUUCAAUGACUUGGUCUUGUGCUGCUCAACCAAGCAUUAUCAACGUGACUACUACAACUGCAAUCCACUCACCAAGCAAUGGGUUGCUCCCCCUCCCGCCCCUCGAGCUCCCUAUUCGAAAGUGCAGGUGGGAUUCAUUUGUGAUCCCUACUAUGAUCAUGGAAUUAGUACCAGAAGUAGUAGUAGCUCUAUGAUGAAGCUUAAUACUGGGUAUAGGUGCAGGGUUGUGCGAAUCCUCCCAGAUGAAAGAUUUCAACCAGGACUGGGUUUAUAUGUGGAGAUCUUCUCUUCUGAGACAGGUGAAUGGAGAGAGUAUCAAUUACCUAAUCUAAUAGAGUUAGGAAAGUUCGGUUGGUUCAUUAAAUGGCAGCCUGGCGUUGCUUUCAAUGGCAAGUUAUAUUGGUACAAUGAUGGUGGCUUUACUUUUGAGUUGGAUCCGUUCAAUAUUAGUAGUGGUGGUGAUAUUAUUAAUAACAAGCGUCGUUUCAAUGUAGAACCGAGACUAUGCAUGCUUCCAUUUAUGUGUGUGCCAAGGGCGUUUGCGAAUGUAUCCAUUCUCUAUAGCGGGAUAUAUUAGCAUUUGGGAAUUGAAUGAAAAAUCCGGCAAAUCGGAAUGGUGCUUGAUAUUUGACAAAGUUUCUCUGUUGGAUAUGGUUUCCAAAGAUCCUAAGAUCACUAAAGAAAAAUCACGCAAAUUGGACGUGUUAGGUUUCCUCCCAAGCAAUGAAGAUAUCAUAUAUUUGAAAUUUCCUGAACAGAUAGUAAUGUGCAAUCUUCGUGAAAACACUUUAGAGAAGAGUCCAGUUGAUCCACCUAUAAACAUUCGAUUUGGUUUCAGUUGCUAUGUUAGUCAGUUUGCAGUUGAUCGCUCUACAACCAUCUAUCCAUAUGUGCUCCCGUGGUGGCCUACACCGGUUCCUAGAAUCAAUAAACCAAAGGUUUGCCAGGUCAAGGUCUUGAAACAAUUUGAGAUAUUCCUGGUGCACCAUGCUGGGCAGCAGGAGUCACAGAUUCAACAGCAUCAGGCAUCACAGUUUUCCGGCAUCAACCAAGCGUUGUUCAUCUGAUACAACAACUUCAGUUCAAAAUGACUUUUUGGAGGCUGACAAUGAGCUUGGUGGUACAUGUUGUGUAUUUGUUAAAGGAGUACAGGGAUUACUGAGGCAUUGCGGUUGCAAGUGGUAGUUGAUUGAUGUACUGUCGUAGUCUGUAGAGCGAAAGGAAGUUGCAGCUAUAAAUUGAAGAACAAGGUCAAAGAAAUAAGACUGAUCAGAACUAAUACAAGCAUAUGGGUUCUCCAGAUGCAAAUAGGAAACAUAUAACACAAUCUGUAAUCGAAAUUCAUGAUGAUUGAGAAUCCUGAAUUGGAUGAAACGUUCAGCAGUAUGAUCGAUCAUUACAUUGAUUUUUUCUUUUUCUUUUUUUUACAAAAUUAGUGAGUCUUGUACUCUUUAUAUAUUUCAUGAGGAAUUUGCUGCUCAUUCUCUGUACUAAGUGGGUGAU